AUAUGGAUCACGGUUUGCCCAAGUUUUCUCUCUUAGGUUAUGAUGAUUGGAAGAUCAUGAUGGAAGCACAUCUCUAUGCUCUACAUGACUGCAUGUGGAUGGUGCUUGAGGAUGGACCCUUGAAAAUCUAAAUGGAGAAUCCUGAGAGGAAUUCAGCAACUCCUGAUGUAAUCCAGUACAUUCCAAAGCCCAAGGAAAAAUGGGAUGAUAGAGAUUGUAAAAAGCACAAUCUGGACAACGUCGCCAAAGCAGCCAUCUUCAAGACACUUGAUCCCAUCACCUUCUCCAAAAUCAAGCAUCUCAAGAUUGCCAUGGAAAUAUGGCAAGGUCUUGGGAAGCUAUGUGAGGGAUCAGAGGACUUGAGAAAGCAGAAGAUAGAAGUCCUACUUGAGAAGUUCAAAGGCUUCAAAAUGCUUCCCGGAGAAUCAUUUGAUAUGUUGGAUGAAAGGUUCCACAAAAUCUUGAAUGAUCUUGCCUCACUUAACCACGUUCUUUCUCCCAAAGAAAAGAAUUUAAGGUUGCUGAGAUCACUCCCAACUGAGUGGUACACCAAAGCCACAGCCAUGGAAGAAGGAAGAAAUCUGGAGAACUACACUGUCCAAGGUCUUCUUGAUGAGCUCAGAACCUAUGAGCACGAGCUGAAGAAGAAGAAGGAAGAACAAGUCACUCCCUUCCCCACGGCACUGAUGACAGCUCCAAGAGUACCAUCAAGUGAAGGGACAUGCCCAAGGAACUGUGACACACCUUCCUCCAGUCAGCCGUCAAGUUCAAAAAUGGAGAACUACGAUGAGGAAUUUGCCAUGAUGGUCAAGCAAUUCCGGAAGUUCAAAAAGUUCUUCAAGAAAGCUGACUCAGUCAGAAGGCCAUCCAAGGGAAAGCCACAG